AUGACAGUUAGCUUUGACCGUGCCGGGAGACAGUAUCACCGUACGGUGGGUGUGUGGUUCGUGUGGUCCGUUGGUAUCCUGCUGGCAGGAAGUCAACUGCUGGUGGCGGUGGAUACCAGCGCAAGUGUUGCGGUUACUACGCACGCCAAUGUGAUCAUUCCGGCCGGCGGCCGGUUGGUGUCGGUGAUGCCGGACGGAACCGGAGACGCCAACAAUGCGUCAAUGCUGCUGGACGUGGGCAACGGCACCACCAGCCGGCAGCCGCCCCGGGAAGAGUCGGCAGCGGACGGACUGGAAACGGGCACCGUGCCGGUAAUCGAGCUGAAACGGGGCCAAUGUCGCUGCUGGAAUUCGACCGAGGAAGCGUUGGGCGAGGUGCAGUGCCGCUGCCUCGGACAAUCGAUUGUGCGCGUGCCGCAGAAGCUGACCGGCAUGCAGCGGCUGACGCUGGAAAAGGUCGGCAUCAAGCGAUUGCGUACCAACGCGCUGACGGUGUACGCGGACACGUUGCAGGAUCUGUUCUUCAUCUACCUGCGGGAAUUUCAUCGCAUCGAACCGGCCGCCUUCUCCCGGUUGCGCCACCUCCGUACGCUCUACAUUGCACACGCACCGAAACUCGAAUUUCUGCCCGCGGAUGUGUUUGAAGGCAUUUCGAUGAAGCUGAAAACGCUGAGGAUUAUACACAGCGGACUGCUCGCAGUGCCUGACCUGCGCGUUCUCUCCGACCACAUAAUAAUGCAUAUGGUUGAUUUGGAUGGAAAUCAAAUUCGCGAAAUUUACGAGCGAUCGAUACAACUGAAGACUGACGAGCUAAUUCUCGACAAUAAUGCCCUCUCGGAGAUUCACGGAUCGGCAUUCCAUGGUUCGGAAAUAGCUAAACUGAGUAUCAAAAUGAACUACAAGUUGAAAGAAAUCCACGAAAAAGCAUUCGUGGGAAUAAGUAACAUAAGAGAGCUUGACCUGUCCGGGACUGCUAUUGAGGAGUUGCCGACAGAAGGUUUAGCAGAGCUGGAAAUACUGCGCAUACAGCACACACACUCACUGAAAACUAUUCCAUCGGUGUACAACUUCAAGAACUUGCGGACCGCCUACCUGACGCAUUCGUUUCACUGCUGUGCGUUCAAGUUCCCGGCCCGCCACGACCCAGACGCACACGAGCGCAACCUGAAGAAGUUCUACGAGGUGCAGCACCGGUGCAUCGCGAACGGCUACUCAACGCCACACUUCAAGCUGGAGGUACCAUCCAGUGCUGAAACGCCACUCGUGCUCGAAGCCGACGGUUCCGACAGUGGAGCGGAGCGAAACAGUCGCAACCGUCGUUCGGCGGACUUUCACAGUUGGUUUGCCCGGCUAACGUCGAGCGACGAAACCGGCGAGCAGCCGGCUAGAGGUGAACCGUUGCCGAAGGGUAUUGAUCUGUCGGACAAAAGGAUGGGCGAUAUUGUGGAAGAUAAUUAUCUGCUGCCUAUCACCGGACAUCCGGUGGACGAUGCGGGCGACCAGACGAUGGGCAGUGGGCUGUACACGGAAAAUCCGCUGUUGGGCGAGUUCCACGAGACGGUUGCACAAAUUUCGUCUAUGGAGGCACUGUGUGGUAAUUUAACGCCAAUGAUCUUGGAUGUAAAGUGUUAUCCAAUGCCAGACGCAUUAAACCCGUGCGAGGACGUCAUGGGAUCCCAUUGGCUGCGGGGCUCUGUAUGGGUGGUGGUGCUGCUCGCCGUAUUUGGCAACGUGGCCGUAGUCGUGGUACUGUUCUCCAACCGCAGCGAUCUGACAGUGCCAAAAUUCCUGAUCUGCAAUCUCGCAUUUGCCGACCUAUGCAUGGGUCUGUACCUGCUCUUGAUAGCUUCGAUCGAUGCCCACUCGAUGGGCGAAUACUUCAACUACGCGUUCGAUUGGCAGUACGGCGUCGGCUGCAAGGUGGCCGGCUUUCUGACAGUCUUUGCCAGCCACUUGUCAAUCUUUACGCUCACGAUCGUGACGCUCGAGCGUUGGUUUGCGAUCACCCAUGCGAUCUAUCUGAACCGACGGAUCAAACUCUCAGCGGCCAUGUACAUCAUGGUCGUCGGCUGGGUGUACGCAAUCACGAUGGCGUCGAUGCCCCUGUUCGGCAUCAGCAACUAUUCGUCCACCUCGAUCUGUUUGCCGAUGGAGGCGCGGGACAGCUUGGACAUUGCCUACCUGCUUACGGUGCUGGUCGUGAAUGGGUGCGGCUUUGUCGUGAUCGUGGUCUGCUACGCGCAGAUCUAUCUGUCACUUGGCAAGGAAACGCGACAGGCAGCUCGUACGGCACACAGUGGCGAGAUGACAGUAGCGAAGAAGAUGGCCCUCUUGGUAUUUACGAACUUUGCCUGCUGGGCACCGAUUGCAUUCUUCGGGCUAACGGCGAUCGCCGGCUAUCCGUUGAUUGGUGUUAGCAAGUCAAAGAUCUUGCUGGUAUUCUUCUACCCCCUGAACUCGUGUGCCAACCCGUACCUUUACGCUAUUUUAACUGUCCAGUAUCGGAAGGAUCUCUUUUCCCUGCUCGCAAACUACGGUCUUUGCACGCAACGGGCACAACAGUACAAAAUGACCUAUUCGAUGCCCACCAACACAUUCCAGGUUGCACCGGCACGAGGUUCCGUGAACUACAACAGCAGCAACAACGGGACAGUGACGUCGGCGGCCGGCAUGGCGGCCCUUACCAGCACCGCCAACACGGACACGAUCACCACCACCAUCACGUGCGGCAGUGUGGUGCUGAGCACGAACGGUAAUGCCAAUGGGACGGCGACCGGUGGAGCGAACGCCAACAAUGGGACGAACGCGAACGGGACGAACGCCAGAACCAGCGGCGUGGAGGACGAAACAUUUCUUUGA